GAGCCGCACGGAUGGAAAACACAACGAGGAAAGUGUACAAAAUCUGAAUCGCAGACACCGAAGAAUCAUGGCAUUUGUUAAAUGGACGGAAUCAAGAAUUGAGUUGGUUUUCUAUCACAAAUGUGGCUUUUUUUGACGUUUCGAACCAUGAAUUCCCCCUUUGUGAAGCAGCAUUGAGUCUUUUGUUAAACUUUGCUCUGUGCUGAAGAUGAAUGCUCUGGUUGCUCUCUGUCACUUCUGUGAGCUCCAUGGCCCUCGGACGUUGUUUUGCACCGAGGCACUGCACCCUCCAUCCCCGUCCCCCUCAUCCGAUGCAGGUGCCCCGGUGCCCGGGGACAGGGACAGGGACGGUGACCGCGAAGGUGAAGGGCUGACCAUGAGGGCCGACAGCUCGGCCACACAGAGAGGAGAGAUGUGUGAGGGAUGUCGAUCCCUUCCCGCAUCCCACCCAGGAUUUAUGAGCAUCGACGAGGAAACAGGUAUUCGCUUCCUGAGCCACCAGCAUCCCAGACAGCCGCAGCUGUUCAGCGUGGUCCGUCAGGCCUGCGUUCGCAGCCUCAGCUGUGAGGUAAACAGUGAUGUGUGUCCCGGCCGCGAGGGACCCAUUUUCUUCGGGGAUGAGCAACAUGGUUUCGUGUUCUCGCACACCUUUUUUAUCAAAGACAGUCUGGCCAGGGGCUUCCAGCGCUGGUACAGUAUUGUCAUGGUGGCAAUGGAUCGGAUCUACCUUAUCAACUCCUGGCCAUUCCUGUUGCGCCAUCUUAGACUCACUAUACAGAGCCUGCAAAGCACAGCCUUAAAGGUGUUCGACAAUGAACAAGGAGUUUGUCCCCAGCGAUCAGUGAGGAUAAACAGUGUGUUCUCACCUGCGGUUUUCCCCCACCAAAGGAGUGGCAACGCAGCCCGAUCCCUGACUUCCCUCACACAGCAUCAGAACCUGUGGGCCAGCCUGCACUCCUCCUUCAGCUGGCUGCUGAAGGCAUGUGGAUGUCGUCUGACAGAGAAGCUACUGGAGGGAGCCCCCACUGAGGACACACUGGUGCUCAUAGAGAGACAGACAGAGCAAGAGGAGGAGAUGAGCUGCUGGGAGGGAGCAGAAGGAGGCUGUUCUUCACCACAGCCGCACCAGUUAGCCAGCGAGCGGAGCCUCGACUUCCUGUGUGAUAAUGACAAACUAAAUGAAUUACCCGGUCCAAAGUUUAGGUCCCUGAGGCACCUGAGACAGGUUCUCGGGGCUGGUGAGUUCCGACAGCUCGUGUGGCACGUGCUCAUGGGAAAUCAGGUCAUAUGGCGAGGCGCUGAUCCCGGGCUCAUCCAGUCCGCUUUCACAGUGCUCAAGUCUCUGCUCCCGGUCGGCUGUGUGCGGUCGGUGCCGUUCAGUGCUCAGUACGAGGAGGCCUACAAAUGCAACUUCCUGGGUCUGAGCCCAGAUGUGCCGAUUCCAACGCACGUCAGCUGCUCAGAGUUUUCUGUGCUGGUGGAUGUCAGUCCGGACAGAAGCUGUCCGAUGUCAGCCGUAGGGGAAGAAGAUGUCUCUUCGAUUUAUCAGUUCGCCAUCAGCAGUGCCAACACACAGCCCACAGACCGGGGGCCCGCAUUAUUGAACAAGCUUGAGGUCGCUCUGUCCAACGAGAACUUGUCCGUGGAUGUCGUGUCUCACUGCCUGUUGUGUCUGAAGGAAGAGUGGAUGAAUAAAGUCAAAGUGCUGUUCAAGUUCUCCAAAGUGGACGGGCGAGGGAGAGAGGACACCCAGAAGGUCCUGGCCCUCCUCGGCGCUACGGGGCCGGGCGAAGAGGACAACGUCAGGCUGCUCAAGUUCUGGAUGACAGGCCUCAGCAAAACAUACAAGAGUCAUUUAAUGACAGCCGUCCGAGGAGGGGAGAGGAGCCCGAGCCAAUAAAGGGAGGGUGAGACGGCUGUGGGGGUGGAUAAAGGGAAAUUAAGAUGAAGGUAUUCAGUUGAAGGGAAAGCGAAAGCUCGUUCGGGGCUUUUAGUGGAAACAAAGAGGAAUGUGAAUGGAUGAAAGAGGGGCAUCGUAAUACAAGGUUCCUAACCUUGAUUAUCCUGCACAGAUGAACACAUUUGGUCAGUUUUUAUUUGUCAAAGGGGAUUAUUGUAGAAGACCUGAUCAUACUAAUAAGUUUAAUUUGUUACAAACAGACUUUGCACUUUGUUUACUCUUUUUUCAGACGUUUUUAAAACGAAAAUAAAUUAAUAUGAACAUGUCA